AUGACUAGAAGCAAAGUCAAGCUCAGUUACAUUCUCAAUGAUACUAAGAGAAAAAACACGUUCAAAAAACGACAAGUUGGUGUUGUGAAGAAACUAGAUGAACUCACUACUCUAUGUGGCAUUGAGGCGUGUACCAUCAUCUACAACUCCUUUGAUCCUCAACCUCUCGUAUGGCCAUCAGUAGAUGAAGCAAGAAGACUUAUCAUGAAGUUAAAGAGUUUUUCGAAGGUAGAUCAAGUAAAGAGACAGGUAAACCAAGAGACUUUCAUGAGACAGAGACUUGAAAAGAUGAAAGAAAAGCUGAGAAAACAACAAAAGGAGAACCAUAGUAAGGAGAUGACACAUUUUAUGUUUCAAUCCAUUAUUGAUCCACAAACAACAUUGUUGAUGCUGAAUAUGAUGGAUUAUAAGGAGCUGACUACAGUUACCGACCAGAAACUGAUGGAGGUAGUUGAGAGGAUGAAUGAGAUGCGUAGGAGGGACUCCUCCUCUUUCAACCCCCCUCAAGUUGGCGCUGACGGGAGUGGAGGUAGUGGUAGCCAAUUACAACUUGUACUAAGACAUGAUGACUUCAUGCCUCCAAAUCAUGGGAUGUUUCAAUCAUCGAGUCUUGGCUCUCAUUGA